AUGGCCUGGGAGGCAGCGGCGCUUGGAGGAAGCGCAGCCACUGCCGGCUCUGUGGCUUUGGCGGUCGCCAGAUUGCAGGACCCUGUAAUGAAAGUUCUAUACCAGGAAGUCGAUGAGCUGGAAGCCCGCUUGGCAUUGCACGGCGAGCGACAGGUUCGAGAAUGUCGAGCUGCAGUGAGAUGCGAGGCUGAUAUUCUGAGAGCGUCACACGAAGCACAGAUGACGGAGGCGCAGGAUGAGCUAACAUAUUUGCAAAGGCAGGUUGCUGAGCGUGAACUUUCCCUCAAAAAGAAUAGCCGGCGAUUGCUGGACAUGCAGCUGCAAAUUCAGAAGAAAUGCCAUAUUCCAAACAAGCAAGAUAGGCUUGCUGCCGAACAGGAGCAUGAAAUGGCGUGCGCAGCAAUAGUGCAGUCAGAGGUGGCUGUACAGGAGGAACAUGAGGCAGAGUGUGCCAUUUUGAAGCGAAAGCUGGAUCAGCACGACAUGGCGCAUUCAGAACUGCAGCAAAGUUUGGCUGAAGCUGGCCAGAAGCAGCUAGAGUUGUUCCAAGAAGCCCAGGAUAAGUCGUCGCUUGAAGCUCUGGCUUGCGAACUCGCGCAACAGCUAGAGCUUUGCCGCGAGUGGACUGGGAAUCUCGAGGCCGCCUUGUCUUUCAUGCAGUCGACAGCAAGCACAAGUGUGGAGGAGCUCCACCAGCUGGACCAGCAGAACGAGUGCUUGGUCCAGGACACUACGGUGAGUGUAUCAGCCUGCCAAGGACACUCGCUCAAGGAGGAACGAGAACUGUCCUCUGCAGAGCUACAAGAGCUCCUGCAGGCCGAUGACACCCAUGUCUUGGACAAGCAGCUUCAAGAAGCCGAACAAUGUCGCAUGAAGCUAGAGGAAACCGUUGCAGCUCUGAGACAUGAUGCUUUGCAACUCCAGGCUUCAGUGGCCUUGCACAGGGCCACGAAGGAGCUGCAAGAGGAGCUCGCGUCCGCUUUAGAACGCAAGGAAGCCACCACUCGCAGUGGAGACGAACUCUUGGUGGAGAUUCGACAAUGGGGACACAAAUUGCGGCCAGAGGACUCUGCUUUUCGUGAUUCGCGCCAUCCGCCGUCAUCUCCUGUUCAGAAGGGAGAACAUAAUCUCAGCUUGGAGUCCCUGGAGCACGAAGUACAAGUUGCCGAAGAGGCACUUCUGGAGGAUCUCUCUGCCAAGCUUGCUGCCCGCGAGAAGCGGGUCGAUGCCUCGGGGGUGGAGGCGCUUGAAACCCUAGUUACAAAGUUGAAGGAGGAUCCAUCCUUGGUUUAUGAUCCCAAGCUCGCAUUCUUCAAGGAAUUCGUUCUUAGCUGGGGCGCCAAGGUGCCGGAAGCAAAGCCGAAGCCCAAGGAGGAGCCAAAGGUCCGGUUGAUGGGCCCCAGCUGCAGAGCCGGUGCGGGUCCCCAUUCGUCUGUGGAGCUUUCUUUGUCACGGCCGGUGCGAGAGGCCAACGAGGACGAAGAAGAGGAUGAAGAGCCUGAAGAGCCUGAGGACCCGGACCCAGAACGCUUGGAGGAGGAUCCCGAGCCAUACCCUCCGCAAGGACCGUCAGAAAACUGCGAACUCAGCGACAGUGAGCUUGACAAGCAGGGUGAGUUGAAGCAGGCGGCUGCAGAGGCACAGGAGGACGGCAAUCUCGCGAAGGCACUCGAGAAGUUGACCGAGGCCUUCCAAAUUGGAAACGUUUCUGCAAUGAUGUUUGCAAAGCGAGCCGAGCUUCUGCUGAAGCUCAAAAGGCUUGUCGGAAAGAUUGGCUCAGUAGCCAUGAGUGCGAACUAUGAUGCAGGCUCGCACAUGGUGUCCAAGCAGCAGCUCGAGGAGGCGUUAGCGCGCUUCAAUGAGGUCGGAGCAACGUCCGUUCAGUCCUUGAGGCCUUCGUCUUUAGGAAGCGAAGCUUGGAAGCACUCCUUCAGCAUCGCUGCUGCCCUGCUUCGGGGCAUCCAUCAGCACGUUCCCAGGGUUGUGAGGAGCGUCGAGUUUGCAGAGGGCGCAGACUGCAAGCCUUACUACUCCAAGUUGCCAAGUGGGGGCCGAGGGGUCGUGGCAACGGUUUGCGUCAAGCUCUCCCAGAAGGAGGUUUAUGGUGAGAUUGCAACUAGAUCACGAAUCGGCGCUUACGUGCGGCUGGGAUCAGAGGUGAUUUUCGCUCAUCAUGAACCACCGACAGACCUCAGUACGGAGCCGCUUUUACUCGAAGUUUACGGAUUCGAUUUUCCAGUCCUGCCGGAGACCAUCAAGCUGCGGCGGCACCUGAAACAAGUUUUGGGUCAGGAUUAUUCGAGAAAAUCAGCGGCCGCGUGGUACGAGAAGCACAAAGAUGAAUUCUGCCCGCUGAAGGAUUCCAAGCUUCGCCGAAUCCUUGCAUCUGUCUUUGAAGUGCAUUCCCUGAUGUUCUUGCCGGAGUGGGCUGUGAGCCGUGCAUUGUGGGGCAUGCUCAACAUCUGCACGCUCACGUACAUCGGCUUCGAAUUUUGGGACGAGGGAAAAAAUGGCAUCAGGGUGACGGUACAGUCCAGUACGCCCGCCGAUCCAGAUGAUGUCGAAUGCCUGCA